AUGCCAGCGUAGCCACCAGACGGUCCAGUUUCCAUUCAGUUCAGCUCGAGAGUUCAACGUCAGUAGACGUUCCAGUUAAAUAGGCGCUACUGACCAACGGGCGUUAGGAAAAAGUUUGUAUUGAAAUAAAAAAGAUACAUUUGUAUGUAAAUAAACUCUACUAUAUGAGGAUGAGCUGAGAGUUUAAAUAGAGUUUCUUGUGGCCCAAUAUACAAAAUCGGCGUAUAAAGAAAUAACGAAAAACAGGCGUAUAAGUAAAAGUCAGCUGAAGUGCAGUGAUAACCAAAGUAUUACAUCGAGAAGAGCAGCCAGCGCCAUUGACUGUAGUUUAAAGCAAGAGUGUAGAUACAAAAGCGAACAGUCAGUGUUGAACGGUGCACACCUGCAGAUGAAGGAUGCUGAGCGCAUUGCUGGCUUAGAAUCUACACGUAUAUAAAUUGAUAAAAUCGUGACUAACAUAUGCGAACUCAAACGUGAAGAAGUGAUAAGAAUUUCCAAAAAAAAAUAAAAAUAAUAAAAACAACAAAAAAUUAUUUUGUUUAAAAUAAAAAAUAUUUUUCUGAAAAAACGAAAGCACAAGUCUAUACCUCGCUUUCAAAAGUGUCGUGAAAACUCAUCAAAACUUGUUUUCCAAAAUAUAUGAAUAUCAACAACUAAGAGCUGACCAGAUUGCUACUAAACAACCGCUUGUAAGAUGACCGAAGUGAUUGAACUGAAUGUAGGCGGCGUCCACUACACCACCGUGCUGAACACACUGCUCCAGGAGAAGUCUUCACAUCUGCACGAACUCUUCAGCAACACCGAUGUACUGGUGAAGGACAACAAAGGACGCUACUUUCUGGAUCGCGAUGGCGUACUCUUCCGCUACAUACUGGAUUACUUGCGCGAUAAGCAGCUCAGCCUGCCGGAGGGCUUCCGCGAAAAGCAGCGCCUACAGCGCGAAGCGGAACAUUUCAAAUUGAGCGGCAUGUUGGAGUGCCUACGCAGCGGCAGCGAUAUGCGUGCCCCCGGCUGCAUCACUAUCGGCUAUCGCGGAAGUUUCCAGUUUGGCAAAGAUGGGUUGGCCGAUGUGAAGUUUCGCAAGCUCUCACGUAUACUCGUUUGCGGGCGUGUGGCGUUGUGUCGCGAAAUUUUCGGUGAUACGUUGAAUGAGUCACGCGAUCCCGAUCAUGGUGGUCCCGAUCGUUACACAUCACGCUUCUUCCUCAAGCAUUGUUUCAUCGAGCAGGCUUUCGAUAUGCUGCACGAGCGUGGCUUCCGCAUGGCAGGCAGUUGUGGUUCGGGUACGGCGGGCUCGGUAGCGGAUCCCAAGCCGGGUGUGGACACAGAGGAGAAUCGAUGGAAUCACUAUAAUGAAUUUGUUUUUGUACGCGAAUAAGCAGGUGAUGUUGGCAAACAGUUGUUGUUGUGGCGAUUGAGCAACAGUCGUCGAUUGUAACUAUACGUUUUUACAUUAUAAGUAGCAGAGGCGUUUACUUGGUAUGUUGCAUGUGUAUAUUUAAAAGAUAUGUAACAAAGCAGAGCAUGCUUACAGCAAAUAAAACACAAAGCUGUAAGAAAGUAGUGAAAAAGCAGCGUACAUUUUUCAUAGCCGCAAGCAACUUAUUCCCCAAACCACUCAGCCAGCUAGUCUUCUUCAACACAACUUUACCACAAUGCGAAGCAACAUGUCAUUGCAAACAAUUCUCAGCUCUGCCACAUACAAAUGAGCGCGUGUGUGCCAUUGGCCAUAUUUACAGUCGCAUUUUUUUCAUUUUUUAUUACAACUUGCAACGUGCCACACUCGUGCGAAAUAACACUCAGCCUGCGGCAACUAGUUUCUACCGCCUUUAGUGCCACGGUAAGGUCAAAGCAUACAUUUUGUAUUUUGUAAAGAGAAAAAUACAGUUAAUGCAUGUCAAGACGCAAAGUAUUUCACUAUAUACACUUAAAUAGUUAAACACACACACGUGCAACAUUUGGAAUGUAUUUACUCCAUGUAAUGUGCGAAAGAAAAGAAAAGCAGCAAACUGUGUAAAGUAGGAAAAUGCAUACAUACAUACGUACAUAUAUAGUUGUAAAUAGCUUAGCAUUUGCUUAUAUUUAUUUUAAGCACCGAAACGUGUGGCAAUUAAAAUAAAAUAUAAAAUUCGUAUAAGAAAAGUGUACUUGCAUGUACUUGUAGAUAAAAGUGAUAUAAAGUUUUUCACUUUAUGCCGCGCAUGCAAGUAAUUAGCUGACAGACUCUAUAAACCACCAAGUACUUAAUGUACAAAGCUAGCAUUUCAAUGGAUGGCUUAUUUAUAACUAAAGCUAUGACGAAGAGAUACAAGUAAAGUUUAGAAUAUCUACCUAUGCUUACAACAAGUAAACACUAAAGUAGGCUUGAGUGCACUUGAGAUAUUUUUGUUGUUGUGGUAAGCUUUUAAUAUGUUAAACCAUACAACUAUCUAAAUCACUGAGCUCAAAUAAUGAAAAUUUUUCAGAACAAAAAUUUAUUAAAAGUUUAUAUCUCUAGUAAUUCCCAAAAGACAGUUAUAUUUUUUCACGCGAGAUACAUUUUUAUUAAACACUUUCAAAAAAUCCGUUUAAAUCAAUGAACACAUAAUUGGUAUUCCGUAUUGGUUUUACGCAGGAGAUUGCAAAGUAAUUAACCUGAAGUGAAUAUAUGAAGUCUUCAGUGAACUUAUUACUCCUACUUUUACCUCAAGCAUAUGUGGCUCUUAUCAUAUGUUGAAUUAAGUAAAAUAUUAUUUUUACAACAAACUUCUGCUAAAUAUUAAAGCUUUACGUUAAUGAUGAAUUUUAGAAAAUACGAAAGGUAAAAAACCUGUAGAAAUAACGUAUGUGAUGGAAAUAAAAUUAAAGAUUUUAACUAUGUGAAAACAAGAAUAAAAAAUAUAAAAUUGCUUAUUUUAAGAAAAAGUACUGACAUAUUUUCACUUAUUAUGAGUUAAUUGACGAUUGCUAACAAUCAAAAGCAGAAAGUGCAUUCAAUCAGGCUUACGCGGUAGUCAGUCAUUUCAAUAUCACUUUUUCGUACAAACAAAAUUCAUUCAAUGAGUUCUUGACUGACGGAGUAACGUAUCACUUAAUCCGCUUUAUGUUAUAUCCAGUUUUGUGUAUCAUCAUUCAACACAUAAGAUAAUGAUGUGUUCUCCCUGUACUCAUCCACCUGAUAUUGUAGGUAUGAACAAUACAGAGUUCAUAAUCCACUUAUAUGAAUGCUCAGUAUACUUCAUGUAUUACUUUUAAGGGAGUGUUUUUAUGUAAAAAAUUAUUCAGGAAUGCCAAUUUUUAAUUGAGUCCUGAUGUUAAAAUUAAAACUUUAAAAUUUUAUUUUUGGUUUGAAUGUGUCAGUUUGUACUGUUCGGCAAAGAAAUGGUCCAGAGUGUUGAAGAUGAUGGCUCUGUGCGAACUCUAGUUGAAAAUAGUAAAAUUUCUUGUUUUAAUUCUUAAUUCUAAAACAAUUUCCUAUUUCAAUUCUUAAUUAUUUGCUUGAGAUAAAUAUUUAUAAUGCAUUAAUUUUAACCCUGAAAUCAUUAAGAUCUUCACUUUUUUAAAAAAUCUUUCUUUCCGUUUGCUUAAUACAAAAGAUUAAUAAUCGCAUGUUAUAUACACGGGAAAUAACAUAUAUUUUAGAUAGGGUUUAAAUUGAAAAUAAACAGCUUUUUAACAUUGAGUAAUUUUUUUUAAGACAAAAUCUGAAACUUCAGGUUACGUCAGCAAAAUAAAAAUCAACUUGAGACAUAACAGAAAACCUAAUAUAAAAGUGUAUAUCAAUUUCCAGUAUCCUUAUACCUCUACAACAAGUUGCAAAACUGAGCAGAGAACUCAACUAUUUAGAAAUCUAACGAAAGGUGCAAAAUCGCAACCAAAGCUGUUCGAACAAUCUGAUACCAUUUAUUAAAUUUAAUUACGCUUUCACUUAUGUAACUAUUAAUUUAAUUAUUACUUAAGUUUAAUUACGCUCUCACUCACGUGAGAGGCAUCUUUGAUGUUUUCUUCAACGAAUGUUGAAUGUCGGGCUCUCAAGCCGAUAAAGUUAAGAUUGUCCGACGGGAUUCUCACAUUGAUUAUCCCGAUAUAUUUUUAAGAACUAAUUUAAUUUUUUCAAAAUGAUUUAAAAAGUACAUUUCAACUUUUUGUAAGAAAGUAAAUCUAGAUUGCUAGCAUUAAGAUAAAUGUAUGUACAUAUGUAUGCAUUUGUCACGAACCUUACUUGUCAAAAAACUAAGCGUAUUUGACGAAGUAAUACAACUGUUUGCGACACUUUGUAAACGAAUGCCAAAUAUUUAAAACGAAAUGAAAGUAGCAAAUUAUAUCAUUUAUAGGAGGGUAGAAAAUAAUAUUGCAAUAAAACUUGUGCAAAUAAAACUAUGUUGAUAUAAAAUAAAUGAACUACAAGUAUUGAACUAAUAUUAGUACGGGUCUUAGCAUUUAAAUAAAGAAAACCAAAAACUAAAAAAAUACUACUUACAUAACUAAAAUUAAGUAACAAUGAUUUUAAAUUUAAUUGGAGCUGCAGCAAAUUUAUGCAAAUAUAUGGCAACGCUGCCAAGUGAACUAAAAUUUAUCGACAUAAAUUUGCGCUUGUCGCCGAUUUGGGAAAAUAUAAGGGCGAAUGAAAAUAGAGUAGUUUAAAUUUAUGUAAUGCAAAUACAAAAGUGGCAUAAGUAUUUAAGGAGGAUUCAAAUUAAAAUGCAAAACAGAAACAAAACCUUAUUAAUUUCCAUGUGCAUAAUGCAACAACAAAAAAAAAUCUGAGUAAACACAAAGCGAUAUUAUCUGGCGUAAAUAUUUGUGCGGAUUGAAAUUUGCAAUGGCAAAUGAAUUCGCAAAUGUAAUAUAUAAUACUUAUUAUUAUUAGUAGCGUAAUUGAUAAAACGAUGAACACAAACAGUAAGGCAACAAAGUACAGUAGAAACUAGGAAAGAAAUAAUAAGCAAAUAUUUGAGGAAAUAUAUCUGGUAAAAAUACGACUAUGUAGGUAUGUAAUGCAAAGCAAAUAAUUAAAAUCCACGCUAAUGACAGAAAGCGAUAGCGAACGAAAGCAAACGCGCUGCUGGCAGGCAGCAGAAAAAGCGAGGCAAUUUGCAAAUGAAAGAAAAAUUGGUAAUAGAAAUGUGUGCUUAAUUGAAAUAAAAUGUAACAAGCGUAUUUUGUGAGAGGCGCGCUGCUGACAGUCGAGAAAAUCGUUAAGGCCACAAAAUAGCCAACAAACAAUCACCACUAGAUAAUGGAACUCUAACAAGACCACCAACAAAGCAGCACUAGUGAAGCAAAAUAAAAAAAAUAAGAAAUAAUUAAAAAACAAAUGUAACAACUACAACAAACACCCACCUUCAAUUCAACGCGUUCUAUUCACUCUCCAAUUACUACUCGUUGUUAUUUAUGUAAGAACUUAAUGCCCGACUAUCACACCGAAUUGUAAUGAAAUGUUGGUUUUGCUUGCGGCCAGUCUGUGCACAGCAAGCACAAAUACCACCAAAAAAACUAAAACAACAAAAAACGUAAAUACCAAAAUAAAAAAAACAAGCAGCAAGUUGUGUAAUACAUUUUUGAAAGCAUCAUUUGGAAUGUGGCAACUUUUCACAUUUAUUAAAUGGUUGCCGAAGUAUUCCGACACAAGUUGCUAUGACAAUUGCAUGUGUGUUGGGGAAUAGCAAAGCGCAUUUGUGUUUAGCUAAGUAAAAUGAAAUGUCAGAGGGCGUACAAAAACUAUAAAAGUUCACUUUCCCAAAAAGAGUUAGUGAAGAAAGUGACCAAAAAUAUUUGAUGCGUUGCUCACAAUUUUGGGAAUUGCAAGAAAAAAUAUUUCAUGAUUGAUGGCUGUUCCCAACUCCCUAUGGCAACUACCCCCAUAAGUCACGCACUUUCUCGUUGACUUUUUAUAUCAAACACUUCCGUUGCGCGCGGGCACCACAAGGUGAAGCGCAAAACAGCAAAGCACAUACGAAAUACAGACAUAUUUUUGAUUUGUGACCGUUAGUUAUGCGUUGUGUAAAUGCUCAUCAAUCAUAAAUUUGCUCAUAUGCUCUUCAACAAUUCUAAUCGCUGCUUGGCCGCUGCCGUUUGUAUUGUAUGAGUGACAGUUUUUAGUUUACGCUCGAAUGAGUGGUGGCAACAACAACCGGUAAGAUACUAGAUAUAUGUGAUUAGAAUGAUUGAAAACUGAUUUUGUGGCCAAUGCUACGAAGCACUUUUCUAUUUGCGGCACUUUUCUUAUGCUAGCAAUUUAAAUUUGUGACACUGCGUAUGAGUAACAUAUGCGUUACCUUCACUAACUAAUGAAUUCUAAUUUCAACAAUCCACAGAGUUUUCAAGGAAAUUCAAAGCCCAAAAUCAAAAUUUAUAAUGUUAGAUUUGUGAAAUUGCCUUUAAUGUUAUUUUCUGUUUAAAUAUUUUCUAAUAAGCAGUUUUGAAUACUUAUGUCAUUGCUUUCUUAUCGAAAACAAUUUGAAACUUUAGGCAAUUUAUUUACCGGUUCUAAAAACAAUGAUUAGAAAUUUGCGCAAAACUUUAAUGUUUUGUGAUUUUCGACAUAUUUGUGAACCCUAAAUAUCAACUUGAGCUCAAGACAUCUCGAGACGAUUUGAAAGUUCUAAGACAACAUCUUACACUCUGUGGAUAUUGUGUAAAUGCAGUUUUGAUAUCAAAUUAAUUUAUUCGAGGACUUAUAAAACCCACUCUAUGCUUCUGUGAGUAUUAGCAUCAAAUACUAUGAAUGCGUCGAGUACGAGCAAUCGUGAGUAAUAUCAUACAAUUCGCAUCAUAAUCGAUAAUAUUAUUGAAAAAUAAUAGAAUAUGAGUUGAGAAAUCCAUUAUUUUAAGCUUUUCGACACUUUUUCAACUGUCCGAUAUUAUAUAUUGCUGUACUUUUACAAAAUGAUUCAAAACAAAACUGUAAAAAAAUAUUCAAAAUGAUGCCAAAUUCACAAUUUAUAUAGAAAAGUAUACAGGAAACCUGUGCUUCCCGAAAUAACCAAAAAAGUUAAGACAAAAAUUGUUCACUGCAUAAUUUUGCAAAACUACUUACAAAUAAACACUUUCAUUUAUUUUACAAACAAAAAUUAAAAGUACACAAACAAGAACACCUAUAUAUAGUUUCGUACCUAGUUUCCGAACUAAAAAGUAGUUUUACUGAUUAAAAUACCACACACGUACAAACUAAUAGUAACACACAAGAAGUAUAAAAAUAAAGGAAACAAAAUUCGAAAUACAAAACAUACUUAAACAAAACUAUGCUAAAAAAGUAUAAAAAAGGUAAACCAAACCAAACAAACAACUAUGGAACGACGACAAAUAUUGUUAUUGUAUGGGUAAGGGAAGAGACGACAAGCGCUUAGUAAGAAUUUCAAGUAUAUUUUCGUGAACAAUAUAACGAACGAUGUAAACAAAGAAAUGUGUUUAAACGAAGCUACAAAAUAUCCACAAAGCAGAUAUUUAGAUAUUUAUUUAUGUUUACUGUAACUUCAAAGUCAAACUACAAAAUGUAAACUAAUUCUUGGAAGAUGUCAAAUAAAAUAUUAAGAAAAUUGAUAAAAAUAUAAAUAAAAGGAGAAAACUUAAAAUCAAAAAAGUAUA